AAAACGGUUAACCCUUUCCGUUUUCUUUAGGUAGAAAACAGGACGUCAAAAUUGUUCGCCGCAGCUUAACGACUAAUCGGAGCGACUCAGUUAAUCAAGCAGAAGCCGACACUGAUUUCAGGAAGUACAUGACCUCUAUUGUAACUGAGUCCAUAGGGACUUACUGCCUCUCCCCUGGUAAAGUCUGUGUGGCAGGACCUCGGGGACCAAGGGGAAUUCCGGGAAAUCGCGGUAAACGAGGUCCAAGAGGAUCUAAAGGAAAAACGGGAGGGAAAGGCAUUAUGGGAUCACCUGGCAAAUCUGGAAAACCAGGAAUGAAAGGAGAUGUUGGAAAUCCUGGAAUGAAGGGAGAAAAGGGCGACAAAGGAGUUCCUGGUCAUCCGGGACCUAAAGGUGAACCUGGCCAGUCCAUAUCUGCUCCAAAAGUUGAUGUUUCUCCUGCCUCACAUACAAUCACUGAGAACCAGACCGCCACGUUUAGCUGCUCAGCUGAUGGCAAUCCAAAACCCAGAGUAACUUGGAGUAAAAUGAGCGGUACAGGACAAGUCAAUAUGAACGGUCACGAUAAUACAUUGCAGAUCAAAAAUGCUACUUAUAACGACUCAGGAAGCUAUGUUUGUAUGGCCACAAGUAUCUUGGGAAAAGCUCAGAAGACGGUGAAACUUACAGUUGAAGCUCCUCCACGAUUCAUCCAUACUCCUGAGAGGUUAACUAAGGUCCCUGCGAACUCAGUUGCCUCUAUUCGUUGUCGAGCUUUUGGUUUUCCGCCACCCACUAUAGUUUGGUCAAGAGGAUUUGUCCCGUUACCGCAAGGCCGGACCACGAUUGCUAAGAAUGGCACCCUUAUUAUCGCCAACUUUGGUCCUUUAGACAGUGGUAUAUAUCAGUGUAAAGCCAGCAACAAACUUGGAUCUGUUAGUGUCCUAACAACAUUAAAUUAUGAUGAGCAAGGUCAGGAAAUAUAAGGUUUAAUUUUUUGGUUAAAAAUUUUUCAUUAUUUCA